CCAAAUAUGCCUCUACGUCCAAAACAAGUACCAGAUAGCGGACCACCCUCCGAAUAUAAAAGCUCGCACUUCAAAAGCCGGUAUCAGUUAUAGUGAGGCGAUGAUUCAGUUCUGUGAAAACAGUAUUUCUUUGGAAGGCCAGCAGUGAAAACGCACACCUGGAACUUGUGGUGAACAGCACGAAAUAAUUGAACAAAUAAAAAAACGAAGUUGAUUGAGAUGUUGGAACUUAGCGUACUAACGGUGACGGUGUGCGUCACUUUAGCCAUUUUGAUCCAUCGCUAUGUUACCAGGAACUACUACUACUUCGCGGAUAAACCGAUUCCAUUUUUGAGACCGGUGUUUGGACUCGGAAGUGCCGGACCGUUGGUGUUUAAAAAAAGAAAUAUUUUCGAACACUUCAAGUUGCUCUAUGAGAGCUUUCCCGAUGCUAAAGUUUUCGGUUUCUUCAGUAUGUCGGAUCCGUUCUACAUGAUUCGCGAUCCAGAACUGAUUAAACGGAUUACUGUUAAGGAUUUCGACCAUUUUGUCGAUCACACCACCCUUUCUGUUGAUCAGGAGCUGGACAAUCCACAUAUGCUGGCCACGAACACGUUGGUUGCACUGCGCGGAAACAAGUGGCGCGAUAUGCGAGCGACACUCAGUCCGGCUUUUACCGGAAGCAAAAUGCGACAGAUGUUUGCACUUAUUGUCGAGUGCGGGCAGAGUAUAGUGCACUAUUACCAGGAACGGAGCCGAUUGGAUGGACCUCAAGUGUUAGAGAUGAAGGAGUUGUUUUCCCGUUUUGCAAACGAUGUGAUUGCGACGACUGCUUUCGGAAUUAAGGUGGAUUCGUUCAAUGAGAAGGACAACGUUUUCUACACGUUCGGGCAAUCUAUCAGCAAUCCGACGGGAAUUUCGCAAUCAUUGAAACUCAUUGGAUAUACUUUGUUUCCUAAGUUGAUGCUGAAGUUGAAUAUUGACUUUUUAAGCUCUGAGCAUGACAAAUUUUUUCGUGGUAUGAUAUCCAAUACCAUGAAAACACGAGAGAUGCAAAAUAUUUUUCGACCUGACAUGAUUGAGUUGUUGAUGCAGGCAAAAAAGGGUAACUUGAAACAUCAGCCUGAUGAGCAGAGAGAAGAACAGCUUGAGGGCUUUGCUAUGGUGGAAGAGUCUCAAGUGGGUAAAAGAAAUCACAAUCGUGUCUGGACCGAUAACGAAUUGAUAGCUCAAGCUUUUAUAUUCUUUAUCGCUGGAUUUGAGACGGUAUCAUUGACCCUUUCUUUAUUGGCGUACGAACUAACGAGAAACGUUGAUGUACAGGCCAAGCUACAUGAAGAGAUACUUAGGAUACAACGCGAACUCGAUGGGAAACCCUUAACUUAUGAAGUGCUGCAAGGAAUGAAAUACCUUGAUAUGGUAAUAUCGGAAACGCUCCGCAUGUGGCCAAUAGGAACAUUGAUUGAACGAAUGUGCUUGAAGGAUUAUGUGCUUGAUGACGGCCAGGGUAAUAGAAUUACCAUCGAGAGAGGAAGAACUGUAAUGGUUAGUGUAAUUGGCCUUCACCAUGAUCCAAAGUAUUUUCCAGAACCAGAGCGGUUCAAUCCGGAGCGUUUUAGCGAGAAGAACAGUGAUACAAUUAUACCUAAUACGUAUCUACCGUUUGGAAUUGGCCCAAGGAAUUGCAUUGGUUCUCGCUUUGCUCUUAUGGAAAUGAAGUUUAUCGUAUAUUAUCUGCUGUUGAACUUUAGCUUUGAGGUGCACGAGAAGACACAGAUACCGCUCAAGUUCGAGAAGUCUCCAACUAGACUCAAACCGGAAAAAGGAGUAUGGGUCAAGUUCAAGCCAAGAAGUGAAAGUAUGGUAUAGGACUGGUAUUGGAGUGUCCUAUACGAAUACUCUGUACUUAUCCUGUGUUACAUACCCAUGUCAAAUACUUUAACAGUCAAUUUAGGGCAAAGGAAGCGUGUAAAAACAAAAUACAACAUUCAACGUGAUUAUAGAA